AUGAAAAGAUUGCAGCUCCUACGCUGGAGCGGUGCCGUUGUAUCGCCGCCAAUACGGUCGUGUCGCAGCUCAUAUCUACGGCCCUUCCAGCACCAGAGGAAUGGAAGAUGGCUUUCCUCUGCGGCCGCGCCCGUAAUUCCCGACCAUGCCCUUCCUAUCUCACACGGCGUUCGGACUCGAAGCCCUCCGCUCGCAUCUGCAGAAGAGUUCAUAGCUUCUCCAAAACUCUCCUCCCUCCAUGCUCGACUCUCAUUACCAGAACGUCUACCGCUUCAGACACUGGCUCGCACCCUAAUUGAUGCCUCCGCCGAUACCUCAACCCAAUUUAACAAUCAUUCCUUCUCUGUUCUCGGCAACGACCUUCUCUCCUAUUAUACUACCGAACACCUCAUUACCCAAUAUCCACGGUUGCCUAUGUCGGUGCUCUGGACAGCGAUGUAUGCAUACAUAGGGCCAAAGGCAUUGGCUGUCAUGGCCAAUGAAUGGGGCGUUGAACACGCAGCGGAGCCAGGCAGCGAGGUUGACCCUGCUUAUCUCCAGUUCCGGAUAGCAGAUCAGCAAACAAUAGAUAAGGAAAGCGAAGAAAUACCUGCCGGAAUAUCUCGUCAACCUCUGCGCGGCGAGAAAUUCAGACGAGGACUCGGCUCGCUGUUUGUUAAUGAUGUUGAAUUUUCUGAGUGUCGUGACGUCGAUCCAAACGCCUACGGAGACGCUGUCACACCAACUCGGGCCUCUGCAAACUUUGUCCGGGCCUUAAUGGGUGCUGUAUACCUACACGGAGGACGACGUGCUGCAAAGACUUUCUUCGAGGAACACUUUAAGUCGCGCCAACUACCAAUUGCCGAUCUCUUCGGCUUUACAGAGCCCACACGUGACCUCUCAAAGCUAUGUAAACGGGUCGACUCAGCAGGCAUCAGUGUUUAUAGUGGGUAUCUCUCCGGCAAGGACAAACUUGGUGAAGGUGCCGGGUCCAGCUUAACCGAAGCUCGUGUCAGGGCAGCUGUUGCUGCAUUGAAGAGCUGGUACCUUUACAGUCCACUCAACGCCAGAGUUCCCAGUUCAAUGGAGGAAGAAGGCGCAGAACCCUGGAAACGAGCUCAUAUUGAUCCAGGAGAGAUCAUUGUUUGAUUUCCCAGGCAUAGUGCAAAAGACGAUAUUAUACAUACAUACACAGACAGGCCUAUCCAUACUGUCAUGGCGCGUAGAGGUUGGACAUGAUACACUAUUUUCUCCCUUUUUACCCGUUCCCUCAUCCAUGUUUAACUACGAUGAUUUCCCUUGAAAUAACAUGUACCAUAUAUAUGGCGUUUUUGCGUCAAUUCUAUAUUUGUUCUAAAAUUUUUACUGGUAAACGGGCCUGACU